GCGUUCAUCGGCGUCGCGCUGAUCGCUGCCAAGCUGGUCUGCUGCUGGUGCUGCUGGUGCCGACGCGCAGCGAGGCCGAGCCCUUCGCCAUCUUUGGCCGCGACGGGCAAGUCGCGCGGCAUCGCGCUGCGCGGGGGCGCGGGCCCGUCGAUUGAAUUCUAG